UGUCAACGGCACUCUUAGCAAUCUCUCGCAAAAUAACGACAAGCAGCGUCGCUUUACCUUGAGAGAGAGAGGGAGAGAUAGAGAACUUGAAAAAUAGUAAAGAGUAGUUGGUACUGUACUAGUCAAAAUCCAUGGCCAUAACCGCCACAAUUUCUGUGCCUCUCACUUCACCUAUUCGCCGCCGUAACUCACUCGUUCUCACCGGAUCUUCUUCUUCAUCAUCAACUAUUCAAUUGAGUUUCCUCAAGAACAAUAUCGCCGGGCUAUGCCCUAGGUUUCGCAUUUCAGCGUCUGCUGCUUCUUCUUCCAUGAGCACCCAAGCUCCACAGAAGGUCUCGACUGCUCCGACGUCGUUUCUUGACCGACGAGAGGCUGGCUUCCUUCACUUCGUCAAGUACCACGGCCUCGGCAACGACUUCAUUUUGGUAGAUAAUAGGGAUUCUUCAGAGCCUAGGGUUACGCCGGAGCAAGCGGUGAAGCUGUGUGAUCGGAACUUUGGGAUUGGUGCUGAUGGAGUUAUAUUUGCAAUGCCGGGUAUUGACGGCACUGAUUAUACCAUGAGGAUUUUCAAUUCAGAUGGUAGCGAGCCUGAGAUGUGUGGUAAUGGAGUUAGAUGCUUCGCUAGAUUCAUUGCCGAGCUUGAGAAUUUGAAUGGGAGGCACAGUUUUACAGUACAUACUGGUGCUGGUCUCAUUGUUCCAGAAAUCCUAGAAGAUGGCAAGGUUAGAGUUGACAUGGGAGAACCAAUACUUAAAGGAUCAGAUGUACCCACAAAAUUGCCCGCAAAUAAAGAUCAAUCUGUGGUUAAGUCAGAGCUAGAUGUUGAUGGAGUAACCUGGUAUGUGACCUGUGUUAGUAUGGGAAAUCCUCACUGCGUGACAUUUGGUGCAAAAGGAGGUCAGAAUUUGCAGGUUGAUGAAUUAGAUUUAGCCAAAAUUGGUCCAAGUUUUGAGCAUCAUGAGAUGUUCCCUGCACGAACUAACACAGAGUUUGUCCAAGUUUUCUCCCGUUCACACCUAAAAAUGCGUGUCUGGGAGCGUGGGGCAGGAGCAACACUAGCUUGUGGAACUGGAGCUUGUGCAACUGUUGUUGCAGCAGUUCUUGAAGGUCAUGCUGAAAGGAAUUGCACGGUUGAUCUACCUGGAGGACCAUUGCAGAUUGAGUGGAGGGAGGAAGAUAAUCAUAUCUACAUGACAGGCCCAGCCGAAGUUGUGUUUUAUGGAUCUGUACCCCUCUGAUAUGGUGGUGACUAAAAUAUUCUCCAUCAGUGGGAGACUCAUUAUUUCAGUUCACAGAAAUUUUCUUGAAUUAAAGAGUAUGCCCUUCUGAAGUGGGACACCUUUUCUCUGUUUCUAUACCUCUAAAAUCUCAAUGUUGAAUUUCCCAUGGUUGAGCAAGCUCUGUCUACUAUUUGCCCUUCAGACUUGACAAGAGAUCAAGACCCGCUGGUUGAGGGGCCUGGAUGUUUACCUCAGCUUAGAUUAUCAUGUUGUUUCUGGGGCUGGCUAUGUCAUCAACAAGUUUUCUCUUAGCCUAAUGAUCCAUGGUAGAUAAUUAGGGAACAGUGAUGUUUACGGUGUUCGUCACAAGUUUGAGAAUCAUGUGUGUUUUCCAAUUAGUAGUCUGUGACUCUGUGUUUCCUAAAAGAUCAAUCAAAACGCUUUCUCCUGUUAGUUCA